GGGAGACCGGACAGACCUGAAGAGGAGGUUGCAAAAUCCAUCGAACACGCUCCCGCCAUGACGCUGUAUCCACCCUCGUCCAUGUUUGGCGUGCUGGAGCUGGAAGUCUGUUGGGAGAGUGAUCUGAAAAUCAAAGUGGGUGAGGAGGUUGUGCCGAUUCAUCCCAGUGUCCUCGUGGCCAACCGUUCCCGCUUCCUGGCGGAUCUCUUUGGUCCCGACUUCGCCGACGGCUCCCGCGGAGAGAAGGGCGCCAGCGCUAGCGCGGUGCCGGUGUCGCCGCCGUGCCCCGAGCUGUUUCUGCGGGCGCUGCAUUCGAUCACCACCCGAGCUAGACCGGAAGUCUUGGAGGGGGAGUUCGUGGGUUUCGUCAAGACUUCGGCCUUUUUGCAAAGCGACGAACUCGAUGAGCGGCUGUGCGAAGCGGGCUUAUCCUCCUGGAGGACCUUGACGAAGCUGCCAGAGUUCCGAAAUCCUUGUGUCCCCGCGCCCUUUUUGGAGCGCUUCCUGUUGAUGGCGCGGGAACACGAGGUCAUGUCCGUCUCAGAUGCCUUAGAGGUACUGGCGCUGUGGUGCAAAGAGCACAUUGAUGGAGGUGAUUCAGUUCUUGAGAAGCUGAUUAAGAUCUCAGACAUGGAAGCCUCGGAGCUGCGGAAGUUGCAGCAGACGAAUUCGCGCUUCGUGGAGUUGUUGAGCUCCACACAGGUCUAUCAGAUCAUGGGUCUUUCCAGCGAGAAGAAGGGCUACACCCCUUCAAGAGGACUCAACAGGCUCAAAUCCAGAGGACUAAGUUAGACUGUUGAUUCAUAAGACCCUGCAUUCUUGCGUAUGGACGGGGGAUUUGAUGAAUGAGCUGUUGACAUUCUUCUUGGCACCGUUUCGUGCAUCGCUGGAGGCUUUCUGACGGGUCGACAGCCACUGGCCGGCCAUGUUCGACCCAAUGGCCAGUUCUUGUCCUACCCACUGCAAAACCCCUUUUGGGGUCAUUGGGCGGUUUUGCCACACUCAACAAGAACCGGUGGACUGCUCUUCUCUGUUCUUCCCGAGGCAAAGCUGCCUUCUUGUGAUCCAAGAUGCAGAUCUGAACUUCGCGAGGAUGUGAGGGAAUUGGCCAAAACAGGAAUUAUGUGG